AUGAAGAACAAGGAGCCACUUCAACUUCUGGGUGCUAAAUAUAAACAUGACCAUGAAUUUGACACUGACCCAGAUGUUGACGCAGUAGAUAAAGCCCUCAAGACUAAAAAUGGACAGCUGGAUCUGUUCCUGCGAUUCCUGCUGGGCAUCUCAUUGGAGUCCAAUCAGAGACUCUUACAGGAUCUACUGACACACCCAGAGAACAGUGUGAAUGAAGAACAUGAGGUUUUACAGAUGGAGAAAACAGUCAAAACACAACACUCACAAUACAAUACAAUAUACUGCAAUGACAUCUUUAAAGUCUCACCUGAACCAGGAUGUGAGGAGAAAGACCAAAUAAAGAAUGUUCUUACUAAAGGCAUUGCCGGAAUUGGAAAAACCAUCUCGGUGCAGAAGUUUGUUCUGGACUGGGCUGAGGGAAAAGCCAAUCAGGAUGUAGAUUUCAUGUUUGUGCUUCCAUUUCGAGAGCUGAAUCUGAUUCAAGAUCACCAACACAGUCUUCACAGUCUUGUGCUGGACUUUCAUCCUGAACUUCAACAUCUCGACUCAAAGAUUUAUGAGGAGUGUAAAGUUGUGUUCAUCUUUGACGGCCUGGAUGAAAACAAAAUCACACUGAUGUUUUCAGACAGUCAGAAAGUUUCUGAUGUGACUGAGACUUCAUCAGUGGGUGUGUUGGUGUCAAACCUCAUGCAAGGAGAGCUGCUUUCCUCUGCUCUCAUCUGGAUCACCUCCAGACCAGCAGCAGCCAAUCAGAUCCCCUCAAAAUACAUCAACCGUCUGACAGAAAUUAAGGGAUUCAAUGAGCCUCAGAAGGAGGAAUAUUUCAGGAAGAGAAUCAGUGACGAGCAUCAAGCCAGCCGAAUUGUUUCACACAUCAAAAGAGCAAGAAGCCUCCACAUCAUGUGCCACAUCCCUGUCUUCUGCUGGAUCUCAUCCACUGUGCUGCAGAAGCUCUUGAAAGAAGAUCUGAGUGCAGAAAUCCCUCAAACUCUGACUGAAAUGUACAUCCACUUUCUGCUGAUUCAGAUCAACAUGAGGAAUCAGAAGUAUGAAGAGAGAGAUCCAGAGAAACUCCUGCAGUCCAAUAGAGAAGUGAUUGUGAAACUUGCAGAAGUGGCUUUCAAACAGCUGAUGAAGGGCAAUGUGAUGUUCUAUGAGGAGGACCUGAUUGAGAGCAACAUAGAUGCCACUGACGCCUCAGUGUAUUCUGGGAUUUGCACUGAGAUCUUUAAGGAGGAAUCAGUGAUUCAUCAGAGGAAAGUCUACAGCUUCAUUCAUCUGAGUGUUCAGGAGUUUCUCGCUGCUUUCUAUGUGUUUUACUUUCAUGUGAGUACAACUAUGGAAGGACUGAAGAAUUUUGCUUCAUUACAAAAUUUGCUUAAAGGUGCAGUAGAUAAGGCCAUUGAGAGUAAGAAUGGCCAGCUGGAUCUGUUCCUGCGGUUCCUGCUGGGCAUCUCACUGGAGUCCAAUCAGAGACUCUUACAGGAUCUACUGACACACACAGAGAACAGCUCAGAGAGCAUCAGGAGAACCACACAGUACAUCAAAGAGAAGAUCAAAGAUGGACAUGGACUCUCCACUGAAAGAUCCAUCAAUCUGUUCCUCUGUCUGCUGGAAGUGAAAGAUCAGACUCUGUCCAGAGAGAUUCAGGAGUUUGUGAAAUCAGACAAAUACUCAGAGAAGUAUCUCUCUCCUGCUCACUGCUCAACGAUCGCCUACAUGCUUCAGAUGUCAGAGGAGGUGCUGGAUGAUCAGCAUUGUGAAAUUGCAUCAUCAGCUCUACAGUCCUCAAACUCUGUCCUGAGAGAGCUGGAUCUGAGUAACAAUAACCUGCAGGAUUCAGGAAUGGAGAUAUUUUCUCAUGGACUGCACAGUUCAAACUGUCGGCUGAAGAUACUGAGAUUACCAUGCUGUAAUCUGACUGGUCAGUCCUGUGAAAUUGUGUCAUCAGCUCUACAAUCCUCAAACUAUGUCCUGAGAGAGCUGAAUCUGAGUAAUAAUGACCUGCGGGAUUCAGGAGUGAAACUACUCUCUGAUGGACUGAAGAGUCCAAACUGUCAGCUGGAGAUACUAAGGUUGUCAGGCUGUAUGGUGACAGAGGAAGGCUGUGUUUAUUUGUCUUCAUCACUGAGUUCAAACCCUUCACACCUGAGAGAGCUGGAUCUGAGCUACAAUCACCCAGGACAAUCAGGAGUCCAGCUGCUCAACCACAAAAUGGAGGAUCCAAACUGCUCACUGCAGAUACUCAAUGUGGAUCAUGGGGGAGAGUUCAUGAUGACAGCAGGACUACGAAAGUAUGCCUGUGAUCUCUCACUGGACCCAAACACAGCGAAUACUCAACUCAUCCUGUCUGAGGACAACAGAAAGGUGACUCGUGUGAAAGAUCAUCAGCCAUAUCCUGAUCAUCCUGAGAGAUUUGAGCAGGUUCCUCAUGUUUUGUGUGGAGAGAGUCUGACUGGACGGUGUUACUGUGAGGCUGAAUGGAGCAGAGAUAAUGUAGAAAUAUCAGUGACAUAUAAAGGAAUCAGCAGGAAAGCAGGCGGUGACUGUUGGUUUGGAUACAAUGAGAAAUCAUGGAGUCUGAUCUGUACUGAUGAUGGAAUUACUGUAUGGCACAAUAAUAAGUUCACUGACAUCUCUACCCCUUCACCUUUUUUUAAUAGAGUAGGAGUGUAUGUGGAUGUGUUGGACGGCACUCUGUCAUUCUACAGUGUCUCUGACACACACACACUCACACACUUACACACAUUUAACACCACAUUCACUGAACCCCCCUAUGCUGGUUUUAAAGUUUCUCCUGAUUCCUCAGUGUCUCUGUGUUGGAUUACACCAGAAAUGGGCUCUCGAGUUAGAGACUUGGACUCAAGUUGCACUCGAGAUGCAUUUUGAAAGACUUGAGACUUGACUCCAGACUCGAACUGAAAUGACUUUUGACUUGACUUGACGACAAGAAGGACUCGUGAAUAUUUUAAACACAACUCGAGUCUUUUAUCCUUAACUACUGAUAUCCUAAAGAAAACUCUAGACUAUAUCUGCAUCGCAUAUUUCCUUGUUGAUGUAAAUGGGACUCUUACCAUAGUAUUUGAUGACGUGUGUCUGUGUACUGUGUGUGCAUUCUGAAAUGUCAGAAGGGUAUGAAACAAACACAUUUUCUCACAUUUGGUUUUAUUAGUGUGUCAGAAUCAGGAACUACAUGAAGAUCAGAUAGAUGCAAAGAAUAUGGGAAAACAAUUAAAGAUACUGGAAUGACAGCAUACAAUCUUAGAACGUAUCACAUCCACAAAGUUUAGUAACAUUAACUCUAUAUAUGCUGGGGUGUGUCCUGUUAAAAACAUGAGCGAAAAAUCUAGCCUUAAACCUAUUGCACAAUUUUUUAUCAAUCUUUUCGUAAUAUGCGUAUAUUACGAAAAGAUUGAUAAAAAAUUGUGCAAUAGGUUUAAGGCUAGAUUUUUCGCUCAUGUUUUUAACAGGACACACCCCAGCAUAUAGCAUAUACACACCCCACAUAGA